AUGGUUGUCUAUGUGGGGUUUCUUGCAGCUGGCUCGGCUCUUGGACCCAUCAUUGCCGGUGCUGUUGCGCAUGGCGUGGGCGAUUGGAGAUGGUAUCAGCGGAUCUUGGCGAUUGCUGUUGCCGUCAAUCUUCUUGGAUCCAUCUUCAUGCUUCCAGAAACAACACACGACUCGAUGGGUAUGAGUGGACCAGCCAUGGUAGAAGAUGGCGAUACAGAUUCCAAGGCGGAGGCCACAGCCAAUGAGUUUGCGUCAGGCUCUGGACAAGAGCCCAAUCCUCCCGAUGAUGGUUCUCUAUCUCAAACUCUUAGGAAGGAGUGGGUCAAGAGAUCCUUUUCGGCCCAUUAUGUCACGAUGGAUUGGAAGGCGGCUUUGCUUGCAUUUGUCAGACCACUGCAACUUAUCGCUCUCCCGCAGGUCGUGGUCACGACUCUCGUCUUCGGCUUGACGAUUGGCUGGACUGUGAUUAUCGCUGUCAUCUUGGCUGUGGUAUACGCACCGCCUCCGUUGCUCUGGAGCUCCUUGCAUGUUGGACUUCUCAGUCUCGCGCCCUUGACGGGGCUUCUCAUCGGGCUCCCCGUCGGCGGGGCUUUGGCCGACAUGUUGUUCAACAGACACGACAAGAAAUCCCAAGAAGUGCACGACCCAGCCGUUAGAUUACCAGCCGUAAUAAUUGGUGGAUUGGUGAGCCCUGCAGGCUGCCUCGUACUCGGUUAUGGGCUACAGCAUCCUCAUACUUGGAUCCAAGUCUGCGUCGGAUGGGCUAUGCUGGCUUUCGGCUUGACGGGAUCAGCUAACGUCUUGUUGACGUAUGCCGUUGACAGUCUGCCUGUUCGGGCUGGAGAUAUUGGUACCCUUUUGAAUGUGACCAAGAAUUCACUUGGGUUUGGUGUCUCAUACGCAUCAGUCAGCUGGAUGCAGAAGUCUGGAACUGCCAGCCAAUUCGCCACCAUGGCAGGCCUUUUGUGGUUUUGCUAUUUGCUCGUCAUCCCGCUGUGGCUUUAUAGAGCUGCAUUGGUCCGACUAAUGACUCGUUGGUAUUGA